UUGAAAGCAGCAGGUCCGGGUUAGGCCACGCCCCCUGGCUCAUACCUGUCCAGCUGAGUUAGGAAAAAAAAAAGAUCAAAAUUGAACUCUUCCUCCAACCUGGAUUCACAGUGAAGUCAAGAUGAGCCUGCCGGACUUCAAAUCCACUGAGAAACACGCUUCAUCUGGACUCGCACACUCUCCGGUUGUUCAGUUAAAUGUCGGGGGUCACCUGUUCAGCACCACUCUGAUCACACUCAGAAAACACCCUGAAUCCACGCUGGCGGACAUGUUCAGUGGACAUCCCAAACUCCGUCCCGACGCACAGGGGCGUUACUUCAUCGACCGCAACGGUUCCCACUUCGGAGCUAUUCUGGAGUUCCUGAGGUCCGAGCAGCUGCCCACGGAGAACAUCCAGGAGGUUCACAAAGAGGCGGUUCAUUACAACAUCAAAGCGCUGAUGAAACGUCUGGAGGAGACUCCUCAGCUGUUUGGAGAGCUGGUGGGGAGGCAGCAGUUCCUCUCCAGAGUCCCACACUACCAAGAAAACAUCGAGGUGCUGAUUCGAAUUGCCCGAGCCGAGGCCAUCGCCACACGCCACUCGACCAUCCUCAUCUGCGUGCUGCGGACAGAGGAGGAUUUGGGUUUCUAUGACAACGCCAUAAACAGUCUGGAGGCUGAUAAGGACUCUGUGGUGACGUUCGGGCCGUGGAAGGCUGUUCCGUCUGUUAAAGACCUGCUGGACUGUGUGAAGAUGGACAUCGAGAGUCGAGGCUACAGCGUUAGCAUCGAGCCUCAUGUCCCGGAGAGAAGCUUCCUGUCCAGGAGCUACGACUUCUUCUACAAAGUCACUUUCACCUGGUGGUGAUGACGUGACUGCCUCAGGUUCUGUAGUUAAAGAUAAACGGACUGCACUUUAAGUCGCUGCAUAACUUAAAAACAAAAAAAAAUGUAUCUUUGGAUUCAUGAACUAUGUAACAUUAAACUGAAAUAAGUAC